AUGGAUAAUUGGGACGAAACUCCCGCUGACCCAAUAGUGCUCAACACCGUGACUUCUAAGAGUAAGUGGGAAGGUGAAGAUGCUGAAGAAGAUGUAAAAGAUAGUUGGGACCAAGAUCCAGAAGAAGAAAAGUCGGAUGAGGAAAUUAAGCCACCUCCUCCACCACCGUCUGCUAAGAAGAGUAUUAAGAAAAUAGGAGAAAAAUUUGAAGAAAAGGAACGUAAAAAACUACAGGAGUUAGAAAAACCUUCCAAACCAUUAACACCUGAAGAAUUAUUAGCUGAGAAAAUAAAACAACAGAAAUUGCAGGAAGAAAGCGAUCGCAUAUUGGCGAAAGAAAUUUUUGGAUCUACUGGUUUAGAAACGAAAGAAGAUUUUGAUAAACUUAAGACUGAGGUAUUGAAUGUUCUUUCAGAUUCAUCAAAAAAUAGCAACUAUGUGACAUUUGCUGAACAGAUCAUUCAAGGUAUAUGUCUACAUCUUUCUUCAGGAGAUUUAAAGAAAAUUAGUACUCUAGUAAGUAAUCUACAUAUAGAAAAAACAAAAAUAGAGAAAGGUGACAAGUCAAAGAAAAAUAAAGGUAAAGGUAAAGCUAAAUUGAAGAUGGAAGGUGAUAAUGAUUAUAGUGAAUAUUCUGCAUUUACAGAAGAUUUUGAUGAUUUCAUCUAG